AUGGCUGCUGUCCAGGGAGCUAUUUCGAAGCGCCGCAAGUUCGUCGCCGACGGUGUCUUCUAUGCCGAGUUGAACGAGUUCUUCCAGCGCGAGCUGGCUGAGGAGGGCUACUCCGGCGUCGAAGUCCGUGUCACUCCCACCGUCACCGACAUCAUCAUCCGUGCCACCCACACCCAGGAGGUUCUCGGAGAGCAGGGUCGCCGCAUCCGUGAGCUCACCUCUCUCAUCCAGAAGCGCUUCAAGUUCCCCGAGAACUCCGUUUCCCUGUAUGCCGCCAAGGUCCAGAACCGCGGUCUCUCCGCCGUCGCUCAGUGCGAGUCUCUCCGCUACAAGCUCCUCAACGGUCUCGCCGUCCGUCGUGCCUGCUAUGGUGUUCUCCGUUUCAUCAUGGAGAGCGGUGCCAAGGGUUGUGAAGUUGUCGUCUCCGGAAAGCUCCGUGCUGCCCGUGCCAAGUCCAUGAAGUUCACGGACGGAUUCAUGAUCCACUCCGGUAACCCCGCUAAGGAGUUCAUCGACUCCGCUACCCGUCACGUUCUCCUCCGCCAGGGUGUCCUUGGUAUCAAGGUUAAGAUCAUGCGCGGCUCCGACCCCGAGGGCAAGGCCGGUCCUCAGAAGACCCUCCCCGACUCCGUCACUAUCAUCGAGCCUAAGGAGGAGCAGCCCGUUCUGCAGCCCGUCAGCCAGGACUACGGCGCCAAGGCUAUUGCCGCUCAGCAAGCUGCUGAGCAGCAACGCCUGGCUGAACAACAGGCGGCGGAAGGCCAAGAAGGCGGUGCCAGCGGCGAGGCUUAUGCCCAGGAGUAA